AUGUAAAACACAAACUUGCCCGGUUACUUCCGCCGGAUAUACCAACGACUUUGAACACGUUACAAUGCUUGACUAUUCUCAUUCAUUCACUUUGCAUUCCCACAACGAACAAAUUCCGAUCUCUUUCAUUUUUAGUUGAUCAAAUUCAACACUCGACUGUGGGUAAAAUCAUGGAUAUAGAUACUUUGUACGCCGCUGCCAUUGCUGGGGACUCUGAUGCCAUACUUAAACUACAGACUGAAGCUGAGAAACUGAGCACACAUAACAGAACCAUCCUUCACAACGAAACCAGGUACGGAAACACAGUGACAGAAUUUGCCAACAAAAACCUGUUGAUCAAGCUGGAGUCACGGGGGAGUAACACUGCACUUCACCUUGCAGCAGAGCAUGGACACGCUCAAGUGGCCGAGCUCCUCAUUGAUGCAGCCCGACACUUGCCUUGUUCUUCAGCUAAAUACCGUGAUGAUUGUGUUACUUGUUUUCAAGCUUUUCUUCGGCAAACUAAUUAUAGUCAGAGCACUGCCUUGCACAUAGCAGCGCGCAGAGGUCACGCGGCUAUUGUGAAGAUGUUAGUAGAGGCGGAUCCGAGUGAUAGACAUGUUCAAAAUAGUGUCGGUGAAACUCCAAUCUACAUUGCUGCUAAUUUGGGGCAUUUUGAUAUAGUCAAGAUGAUUUGUACAGCUUGCUCAGCUCCGGCUUUGGACGGCCCUGAUGGGACCACUGCUUUCCAUGCCGCUGUUGAGAAGCUCCAUCAAGCAAAGAGAGAAGAUAGAGAUGUGAUAAAGGUAUAUAUUAAUGCAGCCAAACGCUUCAUCAGUUAUGAAUCUUUGUUUCUUCCAAAUCGGAAGGGUGAGACUGCAUUAGAGCUUGCAGUGCGGGUAAAUCACUUAGAGGUGGUUGAGCUGAUAUUAGCAGAAGAUCCAGCAUAUAAACGUGACAAUGUAGAUAAAAAUGAUGAGCUCCUAAGUCUAAUCUACAUAGCUGCCGAACAGAGGUACAAGGAUAUGGUCAAAUUACUCUGUCAAACUUAUGAAAGUCGAAAUAGCCUUUGUCAUAAAGGUCAUAUUGCUUUCCUUGCUGCUAUUAGGGGGCGCGAUAAAGAAUCUGCACUACGUCUUUUGGGAGAGGACAGACGUCUUGUAACCUAUGCUGACGAUAAAGGCUGGACAGCACUUCACUAUGCUGCAGAUUGUGAAUUUGAUUCAAUACUUAAUGCCAUAGUAGAAUCACACGUGCAUCCUGGGUACCAAUCUGUUUCUGGAGAGAUAGUACCAAUGCCACUUACUCUUGCAGCCAAGAAAGGAUAUACAUCUACCGUAAUACAACUUCUGAAAUUAUUGCCAGCUUCUUCAUGUGUAGAUGUUAACAACGAGGGUCGAAACAUACUUCAUCUUGCAGCCAUUCAAAGCAAUAUAGAUAUGAUACAAAGUAUACUAAAAUAUUGUCCAGAAGAGUAUACAAACAAAAUUUUGAAUAACAAGGAUGUCAAUGGUAAUACACCUCUGCAUCUGCUUAUACGUGAGGGCUGCUUCGUUCCUCAACUCAUAAAGCAUAAAGGAGUUGAUACAACAGCAGAAAACUACAAAAAUUGGACUCCAUUAGACAUGUUAUAUUUCAGUGAUGAAAUCAUAGCCGACCAGGUACGUAUUAAAGAAGCAAUAGACACUCAAAAUAAUGAGCCUUGGGGGUUUUGGCGUAGAAGCAUCAAGGGGAAAUCCAAUCUGCAGGAAAGUUUAGUGCCCCCAAGUAAACGGUCAAAAAAAGAUGCAGCAUUUGAGAAAGCUAAGAAUUUGUUGAGAAAUGAAAAGCGCAAAUGGAUGAAAGAAGAGCUUGAACGAUAUAAAAAAAGAACCAACACCCAGAUAAUUGUUACUGCGCUCAUUACUACAGUAACUUUUACUGUUGGAUUUACGUUGCCUGGAGGAUACCAUCAGAGUGGAGAAUCUGAUGAAGGGUUGGCUCUUCUUUCCCGAAAGACAGCUUUUAAAAUAUUUAUGGUAGCAGAUGCAAUAGCUCUCCUACUAUCAACAUCUUCUUUGUUUCUAUACUUUAUUGAAUCAAUGUAUGAAGAUCCCCAAAAAGUUGCAAACAUUAAUGCUGCAUCAACUGGGCUCAGCAUUGUUUCUGUUAUAGCAAUGAUGUUGACUUUCAUCACGGGAACAUACGUUGUGCUAUCCCGCUCACCAGUCCUUGCGAUUAAUGUCUGUGUCAUUGGCUCCUUGUUCUUUGUUUUUGUCAUGGUACUGUUGAUCAAAUUAAUGUAUGAUUAUAAACUGGAAAGACAUGUAGUGUGAGUAUGUCCAUAAUUUCAAGUGUUUGAUGUUCUUCUAAUUCUUUUAUUAUGUAAUGUUAAAUCUAUUUUUAUGACACAGAAA